AACGGUUUUCAGGUACUUUGGCGGGAAUAAAAAAUAAUUCUGGGACUUCCACGUAUUCAUCACAUCUUUUCAUCUUAAAAGCUGGUUUUACGCUACAUCAACACCCACUGGAUUCCCUCUUUUCCAUUGUUACUUGCACUUUCACCCAUUAAAUUGCCUCCCCCACCCUCUCCUUUCCUCUCUCUCUCUUCAGCUUCUUCAGGUGUAUUCUUUAAUGGAGAAAAGCGUAUCUACACCCUCGGAUCCGAAAACCGUCUCCCCGCCGUCAAAAUCACCGCCGCUUGCGUCUCCUCCACCGUCCGAGCUUCUUCACACUCAACUCUUUGCCUCCAGUUUCACCACUUUGUAUCAUUCCAUUUUCCCGCCAAAACCAUCUCCUCUUCCUUCUUCUUUCUCCUUCUCUUUAACCCCUUCCACCUCCUCCCCAUCCUCCUCCGCCACUAUUGAUGAUUUUGAUACUGAGCACCGCCUUCACCAGGCGCGUCUUAUUUUGGAGUAUCAAGAACUCAGCGACCACUACGAGCUCUCUCUCUCUCGCCUCCAAGCUCUCACCGAAGAGAUCGAGUCGCUUCGCCGAGAGAAUGACGAUCUCAGAUUGACAAAUAAUGAACUGGUCGAGCUUCUCAGCUUCUCUUCUCAGGCUGCGAUCCGAAGCCGCUUUAGCAGCAGCGAGAUGGUUGAGCCGAGCCCGUUGGACAGGAGUACAGGGCGAGUCUCGUUGCCUAAGAGCAUUUCUGUGCGUUCUAGCGGUUAUCUCAAAAUGAAUCGUGCGGGUGCAAGCAAUGGCGGUCAGAGUAGCACCUCAACUCGGGCACAAGUUCCGAGUCAUCUCCAUCAAAUCGUAUCUGGAUCAGUGCAGCAGCGAGUGUGCGUGCCAAGAGGAGUAAAGAGAGAAGACGCAGCCGUGGAGUUGGACGUGUAUAAUCAAGGGAUGCGGAAGACAGAGUUGUGUAACAAAUGGCAGGAGACAGGAACGUGUUCUUACGGUGAUCAUUGCCAAUUUGCUCACGGGAUUACAGAGCUGCGUCCGGUUAUAAGGCACCCAAGGUACAAGACUCAGGUUUGCAGGAUGGUGCUUGCCGGUGAAGUGUGUCCCUAUGGUCAUAGGUGCCACUUUCGCCACUCUCUUACUGAGCAGGAAAGGGUAAUAAUGGGCCCACGUUGAUCUGUGUUCUUGAUAGGGAAUUGGAAUUAAAUGUAAAGAUUAAGUGAAUGCGAAAGGGAAUGUAUAUAUGCCUAAUCAUAUAUAACUAAAAGAAAAUAAAAAUGGGUAAACAGGAGAGAUAAGAAUUGAUAAAUGAGGAUAAUAAAUAUAUUAAGAAAAGAUAAUAACUAGUAUAAUAAUAUGUGAUAAUAAUGAGUUGAUAUUUUUCUUUUUCUUGUGAGAGAGGGUAAGUAUAAAGCAAGAGAAAUCGGAUAUUGUUGAUUUUGUUAUAGGAAAUAUUUUUUGAAUUCUGAUGUGAACCUUGGUUGGGAUAGGGUCAUGAACGACCAACCAAAACUAGACCAAACUUCAUGCCUGUAAUGAUGAUAUUUUGUUGUGCAAUGCAGCAAUGCUACGCAACCUUCAUUUCAAGUUAGUUAUUUUCUCCCUUCUG